AAUUUCUCUUCAGAUGAUUGCAAUGCAACGCUUAAUAAAGUAUUUAUAAUAAAUCGAGUACAAAGUUCGAGAAAAAGAAAAUGUACCAUUGAAUCGCUGCAUUGAUAACGUUAAGUAUUAACAAAAUUAUUCCUAGAUUACUUGUACCAGUGUCCUGAUGCCUCUACGUGAAAAGUUGACAAGAGAGGGUUGGAGUACGCUAGGGUUGUGGAUGCGCAUUGGACGUCGAAGAAGUCUAUCCCGUAUCACUGGCAUCGUUCCUGGAUCGCAUCGUCAGUAUGCGGUCGCGCAUUCCAUGCGGGAACACCUGUUUGCUCUUUCGGCUUCUUCAUCACUUUUUUCAUCUCAAAUCACGUAGAUAUUUCCGUGUUUAUUGACUCUUCGAAUAUGCAGCAUAUCGAAGAAAGACAAUCGAAAUCGUUGAACCUUUAAAAAAAAAAAGAUUAAAGAACAUUGUGUUUAAAAUACUUUAACGUUUAUCAUAGAGAAACGAGGGAAAGGGGAAAGCGCAAUACACUACUUGAAUCAAAACGUUCGAAUUAACAAAUACCGUUAAAUGAUAAAUUAAACCGGAAGUAAGUCUUUGGGAUUAUCGACCGAGAUCGACAAAGGGAUAGAAUCGUUAAAUAUAUAUGCAUAUGUAUAUCGGUGUAUCUGUGUAACCGCGUGGCAGACAAAAAGCAAGAGUAUUGUUAAGGAGGGGAAAAUCGAAAGAAAGAGCGAACAAGACGAAGAGUUUAAGCUACCGAGAGAGGAACGUCCUCGUGACUUCAACCACGUGCCUCUCGUGGUCCUCAUUUAAAUACGCGAUAAAAGAAACAGAAAACCGAUUGUUAGGCGUAUUUGGAAUCUGGGUUCAGGAAUCAGAAAGACGACCCUGGUAGAGUUUAAUCGUGUCUUCGAGACAACGGAGCGCAUCAUAUAUACAAGGUGUUACAAAAGUAAUGGUUAUGGCUUACAAGAGCUAAUUUUCCAUAGUAUGUUCGAUAGGUAUAACUAAGAAGUAGCCAUUAAACUAUGCUAGUCGUUAAAACCUUAACUUGGUUAAUUUAAAUUAGUUUCACGACCGAGGUAGAGCGAGAAACGUCGACGAAACGUGUAGAAUCAUUUGUGUAAGGCAGGACCGUUACUUGCUCGACGCCCUGUACGUACAUAACGUAAGAUUGCAGCUCGUAGAUUAUUUGUAGUCGUUGCCAUUGAGAUGGGUUUUAUACGAGCCCCUUCCCCGCGUACCUUUAUAUCGAGACUGAAUGGACAGAGAGAGCAGUCUCCUCUAUGAGAUAAUACGCCUGGUUGUACCUAAGCCAUUCAGGCCCGAAGUCUUAUCCAUCGAAUCGCGAGAGAUCGUGGCGAGGUGAGGGUGGACACCGUGUUGGCCCCUGCAGUGUCAUGCUCACCAUACAAAACGACAUGUCACCGCGUAAUGGGUCGUGCGCGGCGGAAGUUAGUUCGGUGAGGAGUCUGUCGUCGGACGAUGUCUCGGCUACCAAGGCGAACAGAAAGAAGUCCUGCUGGGCACGUGCCACGGAUCCGGCACACCGACGUGGACGACGCAUUCAACUGCUACAGAUGCUUGUGUUGCCGUUCAUACCGAUCCUGGCGUUGAUCGUCCAAACGGCCAACACCCUACACGACAUCCUGAUCUAUCGGCAGGAGGUCUCUGACAUUGAGACCCAGGUAACAAUUGCAACAGAUUUGGGAAAGGUGGUGACACGGAUGCAGCUUGAAAGAUCCGAGGUCGCAUUCUUCAUCUACACCAACGGCAACACUCUAAGGUCGAACUUGACGCAGAGGUUCGCCAUAACCGAUCAAGCUCUUCAUAAUAUGACUACGUGGCCCUUGGUCUCGGUACCGAGGGACGAGAGCAAGACGCAAACCUAUGACGUGGUCAGCAAAGAGGCCUUCCAAGCACGCCUCGAGGAUUUCAGGCAGAAGAUAAGUUCGGAGGAGAGCAGCAUUAUCGAAGUGCUGGCAUGGUACACGAGCGUGAACGCGGCUAUGCUGGACCACUUGACUAAUCAGAUCAAGGAAACGGAUAACAGCGGAGUAUGGAGGUAUUUGAUAGCUUUUAAAAAUUUGCUGAGAAGCAUCGAGAGCUUGGGUAUUGCUUCCGUGUACGGAAUCAAUUACUUUGGACGUGGGAUUCUUGUGGGUGACAAUUAUGUCAGCUACGUACGACACGAAGCACUUGGACGUGAUCUCCUCAGCGGAUCUCUCACAUACGUGCCUUCUCUAAAACAUUUUUAUGCGGAACUCACCCGUAGUAUGCCAGACUACGGUAGAAUUAAAUCUAGGCGAGACGAGAUCCUUCGUAAUCAGAAAAGGGAACCGAGGUUGGACGACGCGAUUGCUUAUUUCGAUUCGAUGGCAACUUACGUGGACGAGCUACGUAAACUUCAGAAAGAGUUACGUCAUAUGAUUAGGGAUUACGUGAAUUCAACGCUUCAAGACGCAAGUAACAAAGAGGUUGCUGGAAUAGCUAUAGUCGUCUUAGUAUUGGUCGUCUCUCCUAUUAUUAUAAUAUUAGUCCGCAACGCGGUUGCCACGAUACAAAUGUAUGCAGCUAAUUUGGCACAAAAAGCGAGGGAACUUAAACAAGAAAAAGGAAAGAGCGAUACGCUGCUUUUCCAAAUGUUACCACCAAGCGUUGCUCAACAAUUGAAGCAAACGCAACAGGUUCCAGCAGAAUAUUACGAGGCUGUAACUGUGUACUUCAGUGAUAUUGUUGGUUUCACUGAAAUAGCUGCUGAGAACACUCCUCUAGAAGUCGUCACGUUUCUAAAUUCAAUUUACAAAUUGUUCGACGCCCGCAUCGAAUGCUACGACGUGUACAAAGUUGAAACUAUCGGUGAUUCUUACAUGGUCGCAUCUGGUUUACCAGUCAGAAAUGGUGACAAACACGUGUCCGAAAUAGCAACGAUGGCACUUGAUCUCCUGGCAGCCUCCUCGGUAUUUCAAGUACCAAAGCGACCAGGUGAACGUCUUCAGAUACGAAGCGGUGCCCACACGGGACCCGUGGUCGCUGGAAUCGUUGGAAGCAAAAUGCCUCGCUAUUGCCUUUUCGGUGAUACCGUGAACACAGCUAGUAGGAUGGAAUCAACUGGCGAAGCUCUACGAAUACACAUCAGCCUGGAGAUGAAAAAGGCUCUUGACGCUGUCGGAGGUUUCAAAAUUGCCCACCGAGGUUUGGUGGAUGUCAAGGGUAAGGGAUUAAUGGAUACCUACUGGUUGGAGUGUAAAGACGGCGGAAUCGCUCGAGCAGCUGAACUAGACUUACCAUCGUUCUUCGAGGAUGUACGACCAGUUUUCAUACGCCGUCUACGAGAAGAGGGUCGUAAGAACAGGCUAUCCCAACCGAAUCUCCAUAUCACACCGGUGAAACCACCUCCUCAGUCGCAGUCCAGUAUCGAGUCUCAGGACUCGGUAACGUUCGAGGGAACACAGUCAACGACACCGUGUCCACCUAGCUAUUCCCCCGCGAGUCAACGCAGUCUUUACUCCCAACCGAAUCUACCAACUCUUCUGGUAUCCUACGACAGGAGAUCCGGUGGUUCUACCGAUCGUCGUAUAAGAAUGUCCCAACCCACCCUGAACUCCAGUUUCAGUGGCAUUAACUUUGCUGGAAUGAAUCGUGGCUCUCGACUGUCGUACACCAGUCUCAGGGCAGCUUCCGGGGAUAACAGUAUAAAUGAAGAGGAAAGAUUGUCGGCACCCAGCGUGCAGGGAUUCGGUGGGAGUUCGAGAGGAAGCUUAACGAUGGAUCAAGCCUCCCCAAGAUUGUCCCAACCGGACGUGCGACGAUUCGCUCUACGGCACGACGUGCCGGCGAAACGGGAACGUCUGUCCCAACCGACUCUAGUCACCGGGGACUAUCAUCCUGGUCGUGGUCAACAGAGAUUGUCUCAACCUUGCCUGAGUACAGGAAAAGAGCUUAAUUUGCCGAUGAUGGUCUUUCACUCGCCCUCUCCGCCCACAAUCAAGCACAAAAGAUUCUCACCUCCUGUACACGUUAGCAAGAGGGAACGUCUGUCCCAGUUGGACAUCGGUUCGAAGUACAGGAAUCUGAAAGAGUCCACCGCGACGAAAUUCAAUAGGGAUAGAUUCUCGAUACCUGAAUUAGAAACGCAGAAUGAUCUGAAAUUAAUGGCUGGAACACCGAAACAAAGAUUCAGCUUGGAUAGCCAGUUGAAGAAUCAGGAUAUAACUCGGUCCAGACUACUACCAAUCGCUAGUUCACCCAUCAGUGAACACCAGCAAUCAAAGAUCGAAGAACAGCCAGCUGUUCCCAUAGGGAAAAUGAAAAGUCCCACUCGGGACGGACUUGGAAGCGUACUGGUAGCAAGUGCAACUCCUAUAUUACCGUCGACCGAGAGACAAUUGUUGUCCAUCGAGGUGAAUAAAAAGACCGCUGUAGUUUAUUCAACAACGUCGACGACGACGACCGUGACACAACAGAAGAACCAAACAACGACAGUGGCGGGUAAGCUUCAAAGAUCUAUCUCCCCGGUUCCUACCAGGGAAAGGAUGUCGGUGCCUGAGAUAAGGAACUCGAGUCUACGUAGAUUACUUGAUCCACCGACGAGACAGAGGCACAGUAUCACAGGGAAUCUAAGACACAGCAUCAGCAUCAUAUCUCCCAUCAGACCUCUGGAUUUCGGUAAGAAGUCGCCAAAGCAUUUAUUCGAGGAAGCCUUGGAACGGUUCAGGAGGGACGAGAAAGAGGAGAAUCGUAAAAACGAAAUGUCUAAUUCACAGACCAUAGUGGAUAUCGUCGACGAACCUAAACACAUUCAGAAACACUACUCGUACACGUACGAGAGUACAGAUGAUAAUUCUUCUAUUCUUGGUAAGUUAAGCGUGUCCGUGACACCCAAGAAAAAGUAUCUGGAAAGUAAUUUCGAUGAGAACGAACAGGUGAUCACGACGGUAAUUGAAACGGAUGUGCCUAUGAUAAUGGCCAGUCCAAGAUACAUGAAAAAAUCUUCUUACUCCAGCGAAGCACCGAAAUGGAUAAGGAAGUAUUUAGAAAGCGAAAGUCCCAAAGGUGGCAGACGAGCGACUGGAAAUAAAGAAAAGGCUAAUCGUAAGAACAGUCGAAGGAAAAGCUCACUGGAAUCGGUGGAUGGCGAUAACAAGGUAACAAGAAAGGUUCGCUCCAAGUCAGUUAGCAGCGGUGAAAGAAGUCCUAAGCCCAGAAACACCAUCGUACAGUCUGAUUUAAAGAACAUGAAAAAUACAUAUGUUAGGAUUGUUCCUUCGAAUAAGAUACAAGAGAACAGGUACGAGGUGAAGAUUGAAAACAGUUGGGCCGAUGGAGAAAUUAAUAGACUGUACGGAGACGAAUGCGACGAUACGGACUCGGAUGAUUCCACGUCCAUUUAAAUUAACAUAACGACACUAACAAGGAGUGUUAAUCAAGUGUGAUGUAAUACUAGAAAAAUAUUCGACACAUAUUUUUUUAGCGACAAAGGAUUGAAAAUAGACUUUAAAGUUGAGGAUGGAAAACUUAUAGUAAAACAAAACUAUACUGAAUAAAUAGUUUCUACCACCGUUGAUUUUUUAAACAAUGUCUAAGGAAAUAUGUGUUGAAUAUCAUCUCUAGGAACACUUGGUUAAUAUUAAAGAAUUAGAAAAAAAAA